ACUCUCUUUAACUUGGGUUUUGUGGUUGAAAAAUGAGAGAAUUUUUGGAAUUCCAAUUCACCCCCCUCUUGGAGUACAUUGGGUCAACAUGCAUGAAAUUCUCAACUCCUAUGGGGAUAGCAACACUACGAGAUGAAACCAAAGCUACCCCAGUUGAGAAUGUAAAGGAAGUGCAUAUUGAUGACAGAGAUCCAAGCAGAAAGACACAAAUUGGAACUCGGUUGAGCUCAAAGGAAAGACUAGAGCUAAUAGCUUUUCUUCGAGCUAACAACGAUGUCUUCGUUUGGACUUCAGCAGACAUGCCAGGAAUUCCAACCUCGGUUAUAAAAGAAGAAGUCAAAAAACUCCUGCAAGCUGGUUUCGUCAGAAGGGUUGAUUAUUGUGAAUGGGUGGCCAACCCGAUGUUGGUCAAGAAGGUACAUGGUAAAUGGCGAAUGUGCAUGGAUUACACAAAUCUCAACCAAGCUUGUCCCAAAGAUUAUUAUCCAAUGCCAAGCAUUGGCAAACUGGUUAAAGCGGCUUCUGAAAAUGAGAGAUUAAGUCUCUUGGAUGCAUAUUUUAGUUACCACCAAGUGCCGAUGGCUCCGGAAGAUAAAGAGAAAACCUCGUUCUAUGCAGCUCAGAUUGGCAGGAACCUAGAGGUUUAUGUGGACGACAUUGUGGUGAAGAGUUUGAAGGCAGAAGAUCAUCUAGUUGAUCUCGAUGAAACAUUCAACAACCUUAGAAAGAAUAGAAUGCGGUUAAACCCAGCCAAAUGCAUCUUCAGUGUCGAGUCUGGGAAAUUCCUGGGCUUCAUGGUUUCUCGAAGAGGGAUUGAGUCAGCAGCCCAGAAGGAUGAAUAUGGCAAACAGAAGAAGUUUGAAUGGAACCAAGAAUGCCAAGCUGCAUUUGAUGAGCUGAAGUCUUAUCUUAGCUUACCACCUCUGCUGACUAAGGCUAUUGAUGGAGAAAUUCUCUAUUUGGACCUUGGUAUUUCAAAUGAAGCAAUCAGUUCAGUGCUUGUGAGAGAAGAAGGCAAACAGCAGAAACCAAUUUAUUAUAUCAGUAGUGUGCUGCACGGAGUAGAACUGAGGUACCCUAUUGUUGAGAAAGCAGCACUAGCAGUUGUCACUUCGGCUAGAAAGCUGAGGCAUUUUUCCAGUCACAUCCAAUUAUCGUUUUCACAGACCAACCUCUUCGACAGAUCCUGCAAAAGUUGGAGUGCUCCGGAAGCCCAAGCAUUGGUAGAUUUCAUUGUGGAAUGCACCCCAUGUCACUCAAACCCUAACCCUGAGCCGAGCAACUGGAUCUUAUAUGUUGAUGGAGCAUCUAGUAGCAAGGGUUCAAGAGCUAGUGCCUUCUUAAUUGGCCCAGAGGGAUAUCGAAGUGAGCAUGCUUUGAAGUUUAACUUUGAUGCAACUAAUAACAUGGCUGAAUAUGAAGCUCUGCUACUUGGUUUACAACUUGUGUUAGAGCUGAAAGUCAUGGCCAUAAGAGUUUACAGUGACUCGCAGCUUGUGGUGAAUCAAGUCAACUCAGUCUGUGAAGUUGUUGAUCCUGUCAUGAUGAAGUAUGUAGCUCUGGUGGCCGAACUGAAGUGUAGGCUUCAGAAGUUUUGUUUGAGCAAAAUUCCCAGAAGUGAGAAUGAACAGGCAGAUUCACUUUCUAAGUUUGCCUUUGAUAGCUCCAUAAGCUCCAGAUUAGUUUUUGUGGAAGUUUUAGAUGAACCGAGCUUUGUGAAACCAAGAAUAAUGGAGAUCAGCACAAACCCGGAUACACCGAGCUGGACAAAUCCAAUUGUCUCCUUUUUACGAGACGGGUUAAUGCCUGAAUAUAAGCAAGAAGAGAUGAGGUUGAGGAAGAAAGUGUCUUUAUACAAACUCGUUAAUGGAGUCCUCUAUAAGAGAUCUUUCUCACUUCCUCUCCUACGAUGCCUGAAUCCUUAUGAAGCAGAGUACGCACUUCGGGAGGUACAUGAAGGUGUGUGUGGAAGUCACAUUGGAGCUAGAACCCUGGCUCACAAAGUCCUCAGACAAGGAUAUUACUGGCCGAAUGUGUACAAGGAUGCUACCCACUUUGUAAAAAGAUGCCCGAAGUGCCAAUUCUUCGCACAUUUGACUCACCAACCAGCAGAAGAGCUAACCAACUUGGUAGCACCGUGGCUGUUUGCUCAGUGAAGGCUUGAUCUUUUAGGCCCAUUCGUGAAAGGGGUUGGUGGUGUAACACAUCUGAUAGUUGGUGUUGAUUAUUUUACGAAAUGGGUUGAAACUCAGCUAUUAUCUAGUCUUACCUCCAGAAAGGUCGAAGACUUCGUUUUCAGCUCAAUCAUCUGUCGAUAUGGAAUCCCAAAUCAAAUUGUACCUGAUAA